AUGAGUCAUGGCAAGAACGCGACAUUCAGCCCACUGUUUAGUGACGACGAAGACGACGAUAACGCUGUUGUACCUUCACUUGCAUCGAUGGCACACGCCACAUCUGGAUUUGUUGACCCCUUGCUUACAUCAACGGCAUAUCAUAUCCAUCAAGCCGAGUCAGCUCUUUCAUCACUCAAACAGAUUGUUCGUGAAGAUGCACAUGAUGGUUGGAAAAAGGCUCUCAAGCACAAAAAGAGUGGUGUGGUGGUACACAUGAAAAGUGCUAAAAAUGACAAGACUCCCAUCUUCAAGGGGGAAGCUGUCAUUCAUGGAUUUUCACCGCAAUCUGUGUUUUACGUUAUUGGCAUGCGCAAACUUUGGGAUGAGCAGUACGAUGAUGGCAAUUUGGUCGAGAAUCUCAAUGAUACGACAUCAUUGACGUAUGAAGUCUCCAAGCCUACAUCAAGCAUGAAUCGUCCUCGUGAUAUGGCAUUGGUGGAGAAGAUUGAAUGCACUCGAGAUGGUGCUAUCAUGUUUGCAUGCACAAGUGUUGAAACACCACGUGUUCCUCGUAUCCAAGGUCGUGUUCGAGCUCAAAUCAAGUUGCAAGGUUGGGUGCUUGAACCUAUUCGUGGUCCGACUCCUACUACACGAGUAACCUACGUGAUACAAGAGAACAUGAAGGGUUGGAUGUCUGGUUUCGCCAAAAAGUCUCUCGCACGCCGUCCAUUGGUCAUUGCUUUGGUGAAUGAUUAUUUGCAAAAGAAAGCUGAAAGGAUACGAUCCACAAAGAUGCGUGGUGGUGCUGGUACAUGUUCAAGCAAGGUGGCUCCGAGUGACCAAUCUUCAAAUACUGAGCGCUUUCAAUCAAUACGCAGACCCUCUCUUAUGGAUCAAACCCCUUCAGGGAUACAACAACAACAACAACCAUCCUCUUCAGAUCCAUCCACUACAAAUCGACCACCACUCUUUGCCACAACUCAAGAUGUCACUUUUACGCCACUCUUUGAAUCCAGCAUCAAUCCUAGCUCUGAGAGCUCGUUGAGCAACUCGAGUGAAAAUUCCACCAGCCUUGUCAAGAAACGACAGCCACUUUAUCUCCCACACCGCUUCCCAUCUCAAAAAGCCGAGGCGUUGAACCUAGUCAAGCGCAUGACAUCGUCUUUGGAACCAUGGACAUUGACCUCCGAGAAUAAUGGUAUCAAAGUCUAUGCUAUGAAUGAACAAUGUUCCGUAUCUCUAUUGCAUGCUUCACGUAUGGAUGGCACUAUUCGUGGUGAAUGGACACCUGAGCAGCUUUGUUCAGUGGUAAAUUGCUUUGGGGCACGUAAAAUAUGGGAUAAGCAAUUUAUUGAUGGUCGCAUUGUUGAGCGUUUCAGUCAAAGGGAUUAUCUUGUUGAAUGGUCGCAUGCUCUUUCCUCCUUGGCAACGAGCACUUUUAAUGCCAUCAUCAGCAUUGAUACCGAUCUUUCCUCAGGCGUUAUUACUACAGCUACGUCUUCUAUCUCUUCAACAAAAGAACCAGUGGAGCGAAUUGAUGGUUGGGUGUUCAAGCCAAAUAGCAAUGAAGGAGCUGUCAAUGUGAUUUGGAUAAGCAAUUUUCAACAGCAACAUCAGCCAUUAUUGAUAAAGGAGCUGGGAAAUUACAUGGAUCAAUAUGGUUGUCCCCCUUACAUUCGACGAGUGGCUGGCAAGAUUAUUCGUGAGUCAUUUGAAAGUGACUCUGGACAAUAUGAUGUGGUUUACAUUGCCAAGCAUGAGUUGAACACAAGAGCAUCCUCCAACAAGCAGCAACAACAACAACGAUGGUGCACUGAUAUUCGUAUCCACAACAGCUCCAGGUAUCCAGCAGGCGUCAACAUGACUCUAUCACCAGAAAAUGGGAUGCGUGUUGAGAUAACGUCUUCAAAAACGAGCAUUCGUAUCUAUACAACAUCCUCUGACAUGGAAGGACAACAUGUGUCAAUACGCAUUUUGCCAGGGAUUGAUCAUCAAUAUACCUGUAACGGCGUAUCUCUUAUACCAAGGAUAGCCAUCAACAACGAUAAAACAGCAAUAACAGCAAGAACACCAUCACCCGAUCCUGUGCCUACUCCACCUCAAAGUGCAGAGAUAAAAUCGCCCACCGCUACAAGAGAAGCUGCAAUCAAUACCAUCCUUGACAAACCUCCUUCACCAUCUUCAGUACCAAUCGACUCAUCACAUGAUUCAGCCAUAACAACAUCAACAUCAUCAUCAUCGUCACCAGGUCGACAACGAGAACGACCACCAACACCAACACCAACACCUUCACCAUCACCACAAGAACAACAACAACAACAACACUCAAUAUCGACUGAUCGACGACGUGCAUCGGUUGUUGGAAAAAUCACUCUAUCACAGCCAUCUCGGCCCGAUACCCCACCCCAUCUUUUCACUGCUGAGCAGCAUAAACGAAAUGCACAAUCACCCAAAUUGAUAUCAAGGAGAUCACAGCACCAACAACAACAGCAGCAAUACAAUACCACCAAAGUAUCUCCAAUAGCAGCCACUGAACGAGAACGUCUCGUUGUACCCGAAGGUUACAAGCUAAUUCCCCAGCAACAGAACAACAAUAUCAUUAUCAUAUCCGACGAAUUAACGUUUAAUGGACAACAGCUGGCCGUUGUGAUUUUGGCCAUGGUUUUAUCAUAUUACAUGGGCAAACUCGUUUGUGCAUCCUCGUAUUGUUGA